CCGCAUGCUCUCCCCCCCCCCAGCCCCCACCCCCACACCCCCUCCCUCAUUGAAGAAGAAGAAGUGAGGAAGAAUCAGCCGACGCGCAGUGCCUUUGCAGCAUUCCAGUCCUAUACAGAGAGAGGCUGGUAUAACAGGGUUCGCUGUUAAUAGACGCAGACAUUCCCCCCCAUACUGACUGCGGGACACCCACAACAGACACAGCCUUCCCCGAUUCCUCACUAGGAUCUUCUCUUCCCUGUUGGAGACCUUCUCCACCCCCCACAUCCAGCAGCCAUGGCAGAUGACGCAGACAUGCGCAAUGAGCUGUCAGACAUGCAGCAACGUGCCGACCAGCUGGCAGAUGAGUCCCUGGAGAGCACCCGUCGCAUGCUGCAACUGGUCGAAGAGAGCAAAGAUGCCGGCAUCAGGACUUUGGUUAUGUUGGACGAGCAGGGAGAGCAACUCGAUCGUGUUGAAGAUGGCAUGAACCAUAUCAACCAAGACAUGAAGGAAGCCGAGAAAAAUUUAAAAGAGAUAGGGAAAUGCUGUGGGCUUUUCAUAUGUCCAUGUAACAAGAUGAAGAGCGGAGCCAGCAAGGCCUGGGGGAACAACCAGGAUGGGGUGGUGGCCAGCCAGCCCGCCCGCGUGGUGGACGAGCGCGAACAGAUGGCCAUCAGUGGAGGCUUCAUCCGCCGGGUAACAGACGAUGCCCGGGAAAAUGAGAUGGACGAGAACCUGGAGCAGGUGGGUGGCAUCAUCGGUAACCUGCGCCACAUGGCCCUGGACAUGGGCAACGAGAUCGACACCCAGAACCGCCAGAUCGACAGGGUCAUGGAGAAGGCUGAUUCCAACAAGACCAGGAUCGACGAGGCCAACCAGCGCGCCACAAAGAUGCUGGGCAGUGGCUAAACGCCGGGCACCCGGAGCGCGAUGGUCCCGGCAUCCCGUGCCGCACA